CUUGGCACUGGCCAACAACAGCACCCUGACAAUUGGCACCAUUGAUGAGAUCCAGAAGCUGCACAUCCGCACGGUUCCCCUCUAUGAAUCACCCAGGAAGAUCUGCUACCAGGAGGUGUCACAGUGCUUUGGGGUGCUCUCGAGUCGUAUCGAGGUGCAGGAUGCCAGUGGAGGCACCACUGCCCUCAGACCCAGCGCCAGCACCCAGGCCCUCUCCAGCAGUGUGAGCACCAGCAAGCUGUUCUCCAGCAGCACAGCACCACAUGAGACAUCCUUUGGAGAGGAGGUGGAGGUGCACAACCUGCUCAUCAUAGAUCAGCACACCUUUGAAGCAUGCAUGCUUCAUGCUCACCAGUUCCUCCAGAACGAGUAUGCCCUCAGCCUGGUCUCCUGCAAGCUUGGCAAGGACCCCAACACCUACUUCAUCGUGGGCACUGCCAUGGUGUACCCUGAGGAGGCAGAGCCCAAGCAGGGCCGCAUCGUGGUCUUCCACUACUCUGAUGGGAAGCUGCAGAGCCUGGCUGAGAAGGAGGUCAAGGGAGCUGUGUAUUCCAUGGUGGAAUUCAAUGGGAAGCUCUUAGCCAGCAUCAACAGCACGGUGCGCCUGUACGAGUGGACAGCAGAGAAGGAGCUGCGCACGGAGUGCAACCACUACAACAACAUCAUGGCUCUCUACCUGAAGACCAAAGGGGACUUCAUCCUGGUGGGAGAUCUGAUGAGGUCUGUGCUGCUCCUCGCGUACAAGCCCAUGGAAGGGAACUUUGAGGAGAUUGCCCGGGACUUCAAUCCAAACUGGAUGAGUGCUGUGGAGAUCCUGGAUGAUGACAACUUCUUGGGAGCAGAGAAUGCUUUCAACUUGUUUGUGUGCCAGAAGGACAGUGCGGCCACAACUGAUGAGGAACGUCAGCACCUGCAGGAGGUGGGGUUGUCCCACCUGGGAGAGUUUGUCAAUGUCUUCUGCCACGGAUCUCUGGUCAUGCAGAACCUGGGUGAGACCUCCACACCAACCCAGGGCUCGGUUCUCUUCGGCACAGUCAAUGGCAUGAUUGGACUGGUGACCUCGCUGUCAGAGAGCUGGUACAACCUCCUCUUGGACAUGCAGAACAGGCUGAAUAAAGUCAUCAAGAGCGUGGGCAAGAUUGAGCAUUCCUUCUGGAGAUCAUUUCACACCGAGCGCAAGACAGAACCAGCCACUGGGUUCAUUGACGGUGACCUGAUUGAAAGCUUCCUGGACAUCAGCAGGCCCAAGAUGCAGGAGGUGGUGGCAAACUUGCAGAUUGAUGAUGGCAGUGGCAUGAAGAGAGAGGCCACCGUAGACGACCUGAUAAAGAUCGUGGAGGAGCUGACCCGGAUCCAUUAGCAGGAUUCGGGCUCAUUCCCAACCACCUUCCUCCACGGAGAGCAAAGGAAUCUUCCCCCCCUGCACCAAACACCAGCCGUGGUGGCCCAAGGG